GAUUACCUUCAAGUUCACUUGAAAAUUUACCCGAGUUGACCAUCUUUAAUAAACUACUUUGUUGCCGCAUGGUUAUGUUUAGUUACCAUAACAUGCGCUAAUUUCAAAUAUUUUGGCAUAGUAAAUAAAGCGUUUAUAUUUCUAUGUUAUAUUGCGAUUCAACUUUGUGAUUUUUGUAAAAAAAUUUAACAUUCGAUUGUUUAUCGAAUACUUAUUUUAUUGUAUAUAACAGACAAAAAAUGGGCGAUUUUUUCCCAAGCACAAAACUGACAGAUCCUAAAGAUGAACAAGUAACUGUGAAGUUAAUGCGAUUCUUGGAGACUUACAUUCCAAGGAGGAAUCUAUUACGAAAAGACGUGCAUAAAAACAACAUUUUUAGAAACAUAUUACUGGAGUUGGAACAUGAAAAUGUAUCGUUAAGAUAUUGCAAUAAUGAGCAGAAAAAGAUGAUCUCUACUUUAGAAGGCCGUGUUUGUAAAUUACAAAACCAAAUUGAUGGCUUGCUAUAUAAAUUAAAUAGUGCCUGCGACGUUAUGCGGAAUAUGCAGCAGAAACUGAGAGACAGUGAGAGACAGCUGAAGGAACGCACGAUGGACCAACAAAUACUGCAGAGAUGCAAUGCAAGGAUACAGAAAGAAACCGACAGAAUGAGCAACGAGUCGGAUAUUAAACUACAAGAACAGCAUAAACGAUUAACGAGCUACAUCAGAAAAAAGGAUGACGAAUUAAGAAUGGUGAAGCAAAUAUUGUCAUCCACUCAUGAAAGUAUGUCGAAUACGAGAACAGAGAUCACAGAGGAAUUAAUCCCGAUGACAUCCAAGGAAGAACCUGCCGUGUCCGUCGAUUCUCAAGUUCCUAGGAGCCAUCGCAGCCAGCAGUCAUCGCCCACUGGCUCGAGAAUCAAUCUCAGCGAUGAUGUUCAGGGAAAAAUCGCGAAAAAAGCAAUUCCGAUGGCAUCCAAAGAGGAAUCUUCGCGAAUCGCAGAAGAAUCAAUUCGAACUAUGUGCACUGAUACUCCAUUGUGUUCCACUAUGAUUGCGUUAGCUAAAAUUGCAACUAAUAACAGAUUCAAAUCAGAUAGAAAAGUAAAGAUUCCAGUAGUGAAUCCGAGAUAUCGGCGAUCGCAAAACGCAAACACAUGGAUAAAUCAUCAUCCCGUUGGGACGGUUCCGACUGGUACCAUCUUCCAGCCGCAAGCACAGCCUCACAAACGAGUCGUCCGAAAGUUGACGAAUCCAAGUAACUUUGCAGUAAAGAAAUCUGCCAAAUACUGCCUUUACGCGCAGGAACAAAAUACGGACGGCGAGCUCGAAACCAAAUUAUACAAGGCUGAUAUAUUGCCAACGUGUGGAGGAGGAGCACAGAUUGUAUUUAACGAUAUAGAAUGUCUAAAGCAGAUAUCUCCAGUUGCAGCAAAACGACAUAAUGGACAGAUAAAUCUGGAAAACAAUUUAGCAUCUACGUAAGUCUCAUGUAUAUACAUCGUCGAAAACUUCCCUAAGUACUAUAAAAUUAUAAUAACUUGUAAAAUCGCAAAAUUCGUUGCUUAUAAUUUUUUUUGUUAUUUAUUUAACAGAUGUACUUGAGAUUUUUUUUAGUUUUAUGUUUUUCACAUUGAUUGAUUGAUACUUUGGAAUUUAUGCAACCGAUGUUAUAUAUCAGAGAUAGAAGGCUAAUUAUUUCACAUAUUAGAAAUAAACAAUUUAUUUUGUUUUACUUUCAAGCCAUAGAAUAACAUUUGACGCUUUUUUGUUCCAAAGUAAUCGUGUAUAUUAUAUUACUAAUAUAUAAGGUGAAAGAUAUGAAUUCUGUACAUGUCGAGAUGAUAAACUAAAGAAAACAAAAAAAACAAUUAAAAAGAAACUGCAAUAUUAUUUUAUAUAUAUAACAAAGCUGCACAGACAUUUUGCAUACCGAUAAAUUAAAUUUGAAUGUGAAUCGGAAUUUGUCACAUCCAAAAAGAAAUGUACUGAUAAUUGACAUUCUUCAUUCAUAUCUAGCAAAUUUCACUUGUCGGUAACAAGUUUUAACUGCAUUACUUUGACGAAAUAACUAAUAAGCAUAUAAAAAAUCUAUUUUCCAAAUCUAAAAUAUACAGUAAUGUAUAUCCCCUCCUCCUUUCAUUUAUCACACCCACCACAUAUAAUUUAAAAAAAAUGAUAAAGUAUUAAAAUAAAAUUAUAUAUCAAUUUUAUCAAGACUAGAUAUAUUAAUUACUAGAGAAUUAAUUAUUUCGCGCGCGUUGUACAAUUGACAAACUUUAUACAUACACACAUACACGCACGCAUACACACAAAAUA